AUGUCAUGUCGGACUGGUUCGCCACACAUUCCGAACGCUGGCCGGGACAUGAAUAUGCCUGGCUAUAUUACGGAAGAAAACCCGACGACAUCCUACUUUGGUACCAAUCUGAGAACAGCAGUUCAGAAUGGGAGCAUUACCAACACCCGCCUUGAUGACAUGCUUCGACGUGUGCUCACACCAUAUUACUAUCUAGAGCAGGACGCGGCAUCAUAUCCUACGCCUGAUCCAUCAACUGAGUAUGUCCUCGGUACCACAUACGGCAUCGAUAUGGGGCUCGAUCUCCCUGCUGGGUGA